GGAGAGGACAAACAUACCUCCGGAUGAUGCUCCUGUCACGGAUCAAUCUCACUCUGGCCUUCAUCCUCCUGAGUCCAGUCAGCAUUCUCCGCUUGUGGUGGGUGUUGGGUAGCCCUUUGGUCAUGGACCACAACAGCAUAUGCAGGAAGACCAGGCGUGUGGGGGGCAAGCACGCCGAGCUGUGCCAAUCUCAGCCGGAGAUUGUGCAGGAGGUGGUCAAGGGCGCCCGCAUGGGCAUGCGAGAGUGCCAGCAUCAGUUUCACCAGCACCGGUGGAACUGCACCAACCAAAGCAAGAGCCUGGCCAAGAUUCUACAACAAGACAUCCGCGAGGCGGCAUUCGUGUACGCCAUCACGGCGGCGGGCGUGGUCCAUGCUGUCACCCAGGCCUGCAGUAUGGGCGACCUGCUCCAGUGCGGCUGCAUCACUAGCCAUGGCCCCCCCGCUGCGGACCACCACCCGACGACGCCCCUGACCCCAGCUCUGGCCCAGGAGGGGCCCUGGGAGUGGGGAGGCUGCGGGGAUGAUGUGGAGUUCGGCUAUCAGAUAUCCAGACAGUUCACCGACUCCAGGAGGAGGAGGGGCAAGAGUGACAUCAGGACUUUGAUUGACCUGCACAACAACGAGGCAGGAAGGCUGGCGGUGAGCAGCUUCAUGCGUGUGGAGUGUAAGUGCCAUGGCCUGUCAGGCUCGUGCACACUGCGGAGCUGCUGGAGGAAGAUCCCCCUCUUCCGCCAGACGGGCGAUUGGCUGCUCGAGCGCUUCAAGACCGCCGUGCAGGUGAUGGGCAGCAACGAUGGCAAAUCCCUGAUCCCGCUCCAUCCGGGGGCCCCGCCAAUCCAGCCCCAUGACCUCAUCUACUCCGCCGAGUCACCUGACUUCUGCCUGGCCAAUCGGAGGUUGGGGUCAGAGGGCACGCAGGGGCGCGUGUGUAACGGGACGUCCACGGGUCCCGUGGCGCCCGACGGGCCGGGGGCGUGCGACUCACUGUGCUGUGGGAGGGGUCACCGGGAACACACACUGGUGUACGAGGAGAACUGCGUGUGUCGCUUCCACUGGUGCUGUGUGGUCCAGUGUCAGAGGUGCUCGGUCCGCCGAGACGUCAGCUUGUGUCUCUGAGUAGACGUGCCAACAGCAGGAACGUCUCAAACUAGCAAACUCCUGAGAACAAGGGCAAGGUUGUUCCUAUCAAAAAAUGUGGGCCUUUUUUGUGCUGUGCAUGGAGAACUGAAGCUAUUGCAUCCUGGGACAUGGGAAGAGGAGUUGCAUAGGCUACUUUAUAUGUCCCCAAGGCAUUGAUAUCAUGUAUGCUCUACCAAAGCAGAUUGCAUUGCCUUACCCUUUUGGUUGGGCAGCUGAAACAAAGCUUAUAGGUCUUACCUUGGUGAAAAAAGUGGCUUGUUUUUACAGGCAAAUAAAAUUAAACAUGGAGUACUCACAAGUCCAACCGUGGAAUCUGCUCGCUAGCCAAUCAGAUAUGGACUGAGGAAUAAAGGAAUCUCCACAUAAACCUCAAGCUCACCUCCCUGGGAAGGAAAGAAAAAAAGAUCGUUUGGAUUGUUGCCAAGUCCGUUGAAAUCGUGUCAGUAUAAACAACAUCGCAUAAGAUGCUCUCAGGACCCUGAGAGACUACUGCUACUACUGCCAAUAAGGGUUUUAAGGGUAAUGUUUAGAGGAAAGGUCUGCUGAGAUGGCAACACUGCCACCAUGCAGUGAAGCAAAAUUAAGUUCAUAAAAGGCACAGUUUCUGAGAACUGAAGAGAACACAGACACACAAACACACAUGCACAUUCACACAAAUCCACAUGCACAUUCACACACACACACACACACACACACACACACAUGGACUGAGGGAGGACCAAAAGUCUUAUGGCUUUGCAAAGCAACAUGUUAAUGAAUGUAAUGAACUGUAUUGACAUUCCUGGUGUCUCGUUUAGAGCAAGAAGCCAACUUUCUGAAUGUAAGAAUCAUUCAGGCUCUGGUGUGGAGAGGGAUUAGCUUGUGUGCCGCCUGUCUUCUCUGUAUUGGCAUCCAUGGAAAACAGCCUUGGCUUUAUCAGGGUUGAGUUGUGUUACCAAAGAUUAUGUCGGUCAGGAUGAAGGAGGUGAAUUUCUAGAUUUGGGAAUGUGCCUGUUCUUCUUGUUCCUUGUACGUUAUUAAGAUCUUUUGGUGUGGCCUAUGUGCUUAUAUGGGUGUAAAGAUGUUUUGGGUGGCUGAAAUGAUGACAAAUAUAUCAAGAUCACAUCAGCUGUUUUUCUUUCUUGCUGCAGCCACUCCCCAUCUCCCCCAAAAUAUCUUCUGAAAAAAAUAAACAAAAAUUUGGAUUACACUGCUGCGGACAAGCUGUGCCCAUGCAACUACAUUGUAGAAUGCUGCAGCCUGCUGUUCAGUUGAGUGUGGUGCAGCAAAUAGGACAGAAACAAUGCUUUCUCUCUUAAACUGUGAUGCUGUUCAUGUUUACUUAACAUCCAAGUGUUUGCAAGUUGAAAAGUGGAAUUACUGUUGCAUUACCUCUGUUUUUGUUCUGACGUCUUAUUCUUAUGAUUUAUUCAGCAUAUAUUGCAAAAAAACCACAUAUAUUACUAGGUCCACAUGCCACCAUUUUAUGUGUAACUUGAGUGGAUGAAUGGUCUUCGCAACAGAUGGUUCAUGUGUUGCAGCAGGCAACCCUUGAAUUUAGAGUAAAUGUUGUAAGAGAGGUGCAGUCACGAUUUGUACCACUAGGUGGAGAAAUACUAUUGUGAGAAGCACAAGAGACACAGGCACCUUUCCCCUACAUAUGUUUCAAUGUAUAAAAUGU